AUGCGCAGCAAGGUACCCCUAGGCAAGUCCUCACCUCGUCCUCACGUGCAGGUGAAUAACUAUGGGCGAAUUAACUCGCCCGGCGACGACAUCCGUGUAACCAUGGCAAAGAACGCGAGCACGGCAGGAGGUCCUACCGCCGCCUCCGGUGCGAGCUGUGACGGGGACGACGGAGACGAAGCACACGGCGACGACGCGGAAGAGGAUUGGCCGGAGAACGGCUACGACGACAGCGCUUCGGGCGACGAAUUAGGUCCUGCCGACAUUGAGGAGGACGAAUGGUGGAAUCAGCCGGUCGGGAGCGACGACGAGGUGGAAGAGUGGCGGGCUGGUGAUUCUGACAACGACGGAGGUGACGAAGCUGACGGUGACAACGCGGAGGCACAGGAAGCGGCGGUGGAUGCGAAUGAGCGUGCCGACGAGGCGGAGGCGGAACUCGAGACAGUUGCGCCUGCGGAUGCGGACGGGGUGGCGGAGGCUGACAAGGUGGCUGCGGAUGCCGUCUUAUUUGACGGUGAAAGCUCCGACGAAGACUCGUGGAGCCUUGGGACAGACGAGGACGUUCCGCUACUGAAGCGGAGGCUGCGCCAUCACCUCAAGUCCACGACGAAGCGCGCCCGCGUGGUGCUCUCUGACGACGACAGUCCCGGGGAGGAGCGUCGCCCCCUACUCACCGUUGCGGAGAAGGGAAAGGCAAAGGUCGUGGAAGCCCCUGCUAAGUCCCCCUCUAAAGCCCCUGCUAAGGCCCCUGCUCGUCGCCGCACAAGCAACAAGAAGCGCAAGGACGACGGAGACCCUGGAUCCAGCAAGGGUGCGGCUAGGAAAAAGGCGAAGAAGGCGCCGAAUCCUGACGACAUCAUCGUGAACGAGGCGUUGGGCAGCGACGAUGAGUACGCGGCGGCGGCGGGUCCGAUUCCCACGUUCCCUGAGAAGGUCACACCGAAGGACCCCACCCUCCAUAAUCCCAACACCCGCCCACCUUCCCCUCGCAGCAAAGACACUACGAAGAAGCGCCGCGGAUGGACCGUGCGUGAGAAGCUUAAGUGGGCUCGCCGCUAUCAGGAGCUCGGCUCCUUGAAGAAGACGAGCUUGGAGUCAACCGCGAGCAUCACCUGCAUCAGACGAUGGAGUGCGGAGGCGGCAGCGGGCAUCUACAAGGGCGCAGCUAACUGCCGCAAGCCGAUGCACAGGGGGGGGCGCCACGCACACUACCCCGACAUGGAGGCAGCGUUGUACCGCUACAUCUGCCUUCAGCGCGCUAACGGGGUGGCCAUCUCGGUGAAGGACACCCAGAAGUGGAGCCGCGAGUGGAUGAAGAAGCAUCACCCCGGCAAGAACUGGAACGCGAGCUCCCACUGGAGCCAGCGUUUCCGUGACCGCUGGAACCUGGUGAUGCGGGUGAAGACGAAGAUCAUCAUCGACGCGUUCCGCCACUGUGGGAUCUCCAGCAAGCUGGACGGAACGGAGAACCACCUGGUGAUGUCUCACCUGCGCGCCAGGAGCACCACCGAUGUCUCCGAGGACAUGUCCCUCGGGGGGACCACAGGCGACAACACGCGCCUGCUCGGGAAGGCUCCAGAGGAGGAGGAGGAGGAGGAGGAGGAGGAGGAGGAGGAGGAGGAGGAGGAGGAGGAGGAGGAGGAGGAGGAGGAGGAGGAGGAGGAGGAGGAGGAGGAGGAGGCGAUGCAGGGGGUGGGCGUGCAGGAGGUGGCCGUGGCAACUGGCCUGGAGGUGCUGUACCAGGAGACCCCCAACUACCGCGGAGCGGCGGCCGAGGCUGACCGCAUGAUCGAGCCUAGGGAGACGGCUAGGCAUGCCUGGCGAGUGCCAGACCUGAGUGUGGAGCCUGUUGCUAGUGUUGCAGAGGAGGCGGUGACUGAGGGGGGUCAGGUAGAAGUAGAGAUUCAUGCAUGUAUGGAUGUACCCCCCUAA